ACAAUCUUUAGAAUUUAGAAAUCUCCAUUGUACAAACUUAGCGGGCCAAUUCUUUGAACCGGCGGCGGCAUGGCCGUAAGGGUGCUGAAUGUGGCGGAGAAGCCGUCUGUGGCGAAGGCGGUGGCGGGAAUACUGUCGAACAACCAAAUGAGGUCGAGGAACGGUCGGUCGGUGUACAACAGAAUAUUUGAGUUUAACUACAUCAUCCUAAACCAGCCCUGCCAAAUGCUCUUCACUUCAGUCACGGGGCACCUCAUGGAGCUCGAAUUCGAUGAUCGAUACCGCAAGUGGCACUCCUGCGAUCCUGUCGAUCUCUUUAGCGCCCCCGUUCGGAAAUCUGUCCCGGAGGAUAAGUUAGAUAUCAAAAGGACACUGGAGGAAGAGUCUCGAAAAUGCCAAUGGCUUAUACUAUGGCUUGAUUGUGAUAGGGAAGGGGAAAAUAUUGCAUUCGAGGUGUUGGAAAUCUGUAAACAAGCUAAUCGUAACCUUAGAGUGUGGAGGGCUCGUUUCUCUGCUCUGAUUGACAGGGAAAUUCGCCAGUCUGUGGAGCGACUUGUUCAACCCAAUCAAUUGUUUUCUGAUGCUGUUGAUGUACGACAAGAGAUAGAUCUUCGUAUAGGUGCUUCUUUCACAAGAUUUCAGACUAUGCUCUUGAGAGAUACAUUUGUCAUUGAUUCUGCUCCGGAUGACAGAAAUCUUGUCCUGAGUUAUGGUCCUUGCCAGUUCCCUACUCUUGGUUUCGUGGUUGAGCGGUACUGGGAGAUACAAGCUCACGAACCUGAAGAGUUCUGGACAAUCAAUUGUACUCACACUUCAGAUGAGGGCACUGCAAACUUUAAUUGGAUGCGUGGGAAUUUGUUUGAUCACACAUGUGCAGUAAUUAUUUAUGAAAUGUGUGUCCAGGAACCCACUGCAACAGUCACUAAAGUUAGGCAGCAGGAGAAGCUGAAAUAUCCUCCACACCCGUUGAACACCAUUGAGCUCGAGAAACGUGCAUCAAGAUAUUUCAGAAUGAGUUCUGCACAAACUAUGAAGGUGGCUGAGGAUCUUUACCAACAAGGAUUUAUUAGUUACCCACGCACUGAGACUGAUCGCUUCUCUGUUGAUGGCAUUGCUAACUUGCCUAUGAUUGUUCAAGAACAAGGUGGUCACCCAGUAUGGGGCUCUUAUGCCCAGCGCUUGUUGGACCGUGAAUCAGGACUGUGGAGAGACCCUAGUGGUGGAGUGAAUGAUGACAAGGCCCAUCCUCCUAUUCACCCAACUAGGUUUUCAGCUGGAGAACCUGGAUGGAGUCAGGACCACCAUAAAGUGUAUGAACUUGUUGUUCGCCAUUUUCUGGCCUGUGUCUCUCAACCAGCCAAAGGAGCUGAGACCAUAGUUGAAAUUGAUAUUGCUGGUGAAUCAUUUUCAGCAUGUGGGAGAGUGAUAAUUGCUAAAAACUACUUGGAUGUCUACAGAUAUGAAUCAUGGGGGGGUUCAGUGAUCCCAACAUACAGUUUUGGGCAGCAGUUUACCCCAACAACAUUGACUCUUGAUUCAGGAGUUACGCGACCUCCUCCACUUUUGAGUGAGGCUGAUCUUCUAAGUUGCAUGGACAAGGCAGGCAUUGGCACAGAUGCAACGAUGCAUGAUCACAUAAAAAAACUGCUUGAUCGAUGUUAUGUGACUAAAGAUUCAAACACCCGUUUCUCACCAACUAAACUUGGGGAAGCUCUGGUAAUGGGAUAUGAUGACAUGGGUUAUGAACUGUGGAAACCAUAUCUCCGUUCAAUGAUGGAACAUGAUAUGAAAGCAGUUAGUAUUGGCACAAAGGGAAAAACUGAGGUUUUGGAGACCUGCUUGCAGCAAAUGAAAGCUUGCUUUCUAGAUGCCAGAGUAAACAAAGUAAAAUUAUUUGAGGCAAUGGCUGUGUUCUUUGACAGAUCAAACAGAUCCAACGCUAGUGAGCAACAUAUAGUUGGAGAUGUUGUUCGCAGAUGUGGACUUUGUCAGGAAUCAGAUAUGGUCCUCAGGCAGAAAACGGAUGGAAAAUUCAUGGUUGGUUGCCUGGGUUAUCCACAGUGUAGAAAUGCAGUCUGGCUACCAGGGUGCAUAUUAGAAGCAGUUGUAACCCAAGAUAUAUGCAGCAUCUGCACUCCAGGACCUGUUUUUAAGAUUCGGUUUAAAUUUCGACGUCUAUCUAUACCACCCAAUUUCGAUGCUGAACAUUUAGGUUGUGUUGGUGGCUGUGAUGAUACUCUGAAGCAGUUGGCAGAAAUUUGUGGAACUGGUUCCCGGAAUACUAGAGGGGGCCAUACAACACCUUCCGCUAGUGCCCAGCGAAGCAAUCCUAGACCGCAAGCUUCUUGUUUAUACUGUAGGCAAACAGGGCAUUCAUCAAAUGAUUGCCCCUCGCAAGCAUCCAAUCGGCGUUCUGCUCAGUCCCAGUUCCAGUCCCAUGAAGCUAACCGACAAAAUGGGGUACCAUCCAUUCCUUGUAAUUCCUGCGGUGCUCCCUGUGCUCUACGAACCGCCAACACUGCAAAAAAUAGGGGCAGAAAGUUCUACUCUUGCCAGUCCCGAGAAUGCAAUUUUUUCGUAUGGGAGGAAGAUGGCGUGAGCAGAGGAGGAGGAGCCCCCUCCGAAAAUACUAGCGACUUGGGGUCUAAUUCCGGGAGGGGUGGGCGCGGACGAGGCCGGGGCCGUGGUAGAGGCAGGGGCAGGGGUGGUGCCACUGCCACACAUGCUAAUGGUUUUACCUUCGUAUCGGCAACAGGGGAACCAACCACCGGUUGCUGUUUUGUAUGUGGUGAUCCAUCGCACUUAGCGAAUGUUUGCCCAAGUCGUCGCUGAUGAAAGUUGACGACACCCUCCCUGUUUAAAAUCUUCAUGUUGUAUUUAGCUAGCUGAUCAACGUAGUUAGCAAGCAAUUAUAUACAAUAUCUCAUCAUGAUUUCAAUUUAAUGUAGCAUUUCUGGUUUACUGUUGCAACAUCCUGGUUGGGAUUGCAAAUUCCAACUUACAUUUGGUUUCUUGUCUCUCUUGUGUUAUUGCUUUUGCUCAAGGAAGGAGCACUCAAGAGCAAUAUCUCGAAAACCAAUGGCUUUGUAAUGUUGAAUGUUGGCUAUAGAAAAUAUAUUAUUUCGAACUAAAA